GACGGUUGCAGUUUAGAGGAUCAGACAGCCAGAGGUGGUAGAUGGAGUGAACAGUGACGGGUGUGGCAAAAACAGAAACAGAGGUAGAAGAACGACAACUGGUCACUGAAUUUGGACACAUUUCUAACUUCAAGAUGAAACUACAGGCUGUACUUUGCCUCUUGCUGCUGCUCAAUUAUGAGCUUUCUUCAUGCACAAAUCUCCGGGUGAUACCUGGUUCCUCUCUGGAGCUGCCCUGCCUUUCAUUUCAAACUCAAUUCACUGGAGCGGCCAUCACCUGGAAAUUCAAUGGUAUAGAUGUAAGUGUCAGUGCUCAGUCGCCUGGCUCGCCUACAGUUAAACGAGAUGGCUUGUAUAUCUCUAUAUCCCCUGUUACUGCUGCCAGCGAGGGCGAGUACAUGUGUUUGAUGAAGGAGGACAACUUGGAGAUGAUAAGGACAUACAACAUUGAAGUUGCUGCAUCCUUGAGCUAUACCAUUAAGGUAUUUGAGGGCUUCACUGCUCAACUCCCGUGCAAUUUCCCACCUUCCACCCAAAUCAAGGCCAAUGCCCUUUGGUUCAAAGAGACAGAUCUUAUCAAGAGGACACAGCUGCACCUGGAGGACGAUGCAACAGCUGAUAAUUUGAGAAUGGAGCAGCUUUAUCCACUUGACCAGGAUCAGACCCUCAUAAUCAGAGACAUUGUCAUGGAGGAUGCUGGAAAUUACAUAUGUCAAUCUGCUGAGGGAGAGAAGCUGAGCUCUGUAUAUGUCAUUGUUGAAGCUGCUCCCACCGCUACUCCUCCCUCCUGCAGCAACUUCACCAAAGCGUGGGAGCCCUGCCAGGACGAGAACAGUCGCAUAGGGGAACCCAUGUUGCAGGAAUCCAUCACAGAGUUUUCCAUGAAGCUGUAUUCUUACCUCAGGGAAUCACAACCCUCCAGCAACUUGCUCUUCUCUCCUAUCAGUAUCAGCGCGGCGCUGACCCAUUUGUUAUUAGGUGCACGCGGUGACACCCGUAAAGCCAUUGAGAGGGCGGUCUUUGUGCCUCAUGACUUCUACUGUGUUCACCUCCAGAUGAAGAAGCUGAGAGAGAAGCUGGCCGGCUCCUUGCAGAUGGCUUCUCAGAUCUACUAUAACCCACAAAUGAAUCUUAGCGAAUCCUUUACUUACCAGUCCACCCAGUUCUAUGAAGCUGAGCCCACCAGGCUACUGGAAAGCAGCGAGGAAAACACAAAGAUGAUCAACAGCUGGGUGGCAAAUAAGACCAACAAUAAAAUACAACACUUGGUUGACUCCGUACCACCCAGUACACAGCUGAUUCUGCUCAACGCGGUCACCUUUAGUGGUCAGUGGAAGGUCAAGUAUGACAUGAAACCCAUGAAAGGACUUUUCACAAAACUGGAUGGUGAUCUGGUGAAGGUGUCGCUCCUCCAUCACCAGAAAUACAUGGCGGCUAUGGCGCAUGUAGUUGAGCUGAAGGCACAGGUGGCGAUGUUUGCCCUCUCUGGUGACAACAGUCUUUACAUCCUGCUACCUCGCUCCAACAAAGUGACUGACCUGCAGCAGGUGGAGGAGAGGAUGACGGACACGGCUGUGCGUCAAAUGAUAGAACAAAUGAAAGCAACAUCUCCUCAGCAUAUCGAAGUCACUCUGCCCCAAAUCAGACUGGAUAUCCAAUCAGACAUGAACAUACUUAUCAAGAAAUUAGGACUGUCAUCACUCUUCGAGGGUGCCGAGAUGUGUGGUCUCUACGCAGAAGAGAGGGUGGUUCUGGACGAGGCCAGACACAGAGCCUUCCUCGCACUCACCGAACAAGGGGUUGAGGCCGGGGCCGUCACCUCUGUGUCGUUCUCUCGCUCCUUCCCUGCCUUCUCUGCCCUGCGGCCUUUCGUCAUGCUGCUGUGGAGUGACCGGGCCAAUGUGCCACUCUUUAUUGGCAGAGUGACCGACCCAUGAGAGAGAGAGAUUACAUAUUAUACUAUCAACAUAUAAAUUCAAUUACAGCAUUGCUUCAUGUAGUUACUGUACUGAGCAGUGACAAAAAAUAAAUAAAUCCAGGCCUGGAUGCAGGUGGAUUUCAAACAUGAUGAUGAAUAAACACAAAUCAACAUAA